AUGACUUGGAUGUACACACUCUUGUGUUUAACCACAUGGAAGUGUCCAGCAGGGGCGCAUGGACCUCUGCGGCUGCAUCUGCUCACGCGAUCACAACAACACUGGUGUGCGUGCGUGCGUGCGCCUCAUACUCGCGUCGUGCAGCUAGCUCCCGUUCAAAGCUCUAAGCACAAAGUGUCUUCAGAAGGACUGGCACUCGUGAAACGUCAUGUCGCCGCUGCCUCUUUCCCACUGAUGGAGUCGUGGUUGGAAACGCACCAUGUUUCCGUGUCAUUGCCUCCCCAGGCCCCUCAGCCCCUGCCUGACCUGCUGUGCAGCUGCCCUGCUCCUGCUGCUGAGGCUCCCUCUCUCACACCAUCUCCAGACCCCAUGGAGUCUCUCAUCGUGGUCACGGAGUAUGAGCCGAGUCGAGGAGCAGGGGAACAAGAGGUAGAGGACAUGGACAGUUCCGAGCCUCCUGAACCCGGUGCUCCUCCACGAGGCCUCUCCUGUGACCUGCUGUCCCACACUAUGGUCCGACCAGAGGCUUUGCUUCCAGAGAGUCCGGAGCAGAGAGGGCGACUGAACCUUUCAGACAGAAAGUUUUCUCUGCAGGAGCGUUCUCAGACAACAUCGCCUUGCAGCUCGCCUGGACUAAACGGUCGCUAUAUUUACCCCUCUCUGCCCUACUCUCCAAUAACCUCUCCACACUCUUCACCACGGCUACCGCGCCGGCCCACUGUGGAGUCACACAGUGUUUCCAUAACAGACCUGCAGGACUGCGUUCAGCUCAACCAGUACAAGCUCAAAGACGAGAUUGGAAAGGGCUCCUAUGGUGUCGUCAAACUGGCGUACAACGAAGAUGACAACACAUAUUAUGCGAUGAAGGUGCUGUCCAAAAGGAGGCUGCUGAGACAGGCAGGUUUCCCACGGAGACCCCCUCCUCGAGGAGCUAAAGCAGAACCUGAGGGCCCACCCCAGCCCAAGGGACCUCUUGAGAGGGUCUAUCAAGAGAUUGCCAUCUUAAAAAAGCUGGAUCAUCCUAACGUUGUAAAACUUGUGGAGGUUUUGGAUGAUCCCAGUGAGGACCAUCUCUACAUGGUCUUCGAGCUUGUCAAACAGGGGGCUGUGAUUGAGGUUCCAACAGAUAAACCACUGAGCGAGGACCAGGCUCGGUUUUACUUCCAGGAUCUGCUCAGGGGAAUCGAGUACUUGCACUAUCAAAGGAUUAUCCACCGAGACGUCAAGCCCUCAAAUCUUUUGGUUGGAGAAGACGGACAUAUUAAGAUUGCGGACUUUGGCGUCAGUAACCAGUUUGAAGGGGCUGACGCACUCCUGACCAGUACAGUGGGAACGCCAGCUUUUCUUGCUCCUGAGGCACUUUCUGAGACUAUAAAGAAUUUCUCAGGGAAGGCGUUGGACGUGUGGGCGAUGGGAGUAACACUUCACUGCUUUGUCUUUGGAGUGUGUCCAUUUAUGGAUCAGCGCAUCCUCAGUCUUCAUCAAAAAAUAAAGACACAACCAAUUGAACUUCCAGAAAAUGCUGACAUUUCUGAUGACUUGAAAGAUCUGCUUUUGAAAAUGUUGGACAAGAAUCCAGAGACAAGGAUAACGGUUCCACAAAUUAAGCUGCACCCUUGGGUGACACGGCACGGCGCAGAGCCUCUUCCCCCUGAGGACGAUAACUGCAGUAUGCUGAUCGAGGUGACGGAGGAGGAGGUGGAGAACUCCGUGAAGCACAUCCCGAGCCUGGCCACUGUGAUUCUUGUGAGAACCAUGCUUCGCAAGCGAUCCUUUGGGAAUCCCUUUGAUUGGAGUCGUAAAGAAGAUCGCAGCGGUCUGUGUGCUCCGGGACAGAUGCUAACGAAACAAGAAAGCGGCGACGGCAUGAAGAGUCUGGAGCUGCCCUUCGUGGGAGAGGAUGAAGUUCUUUCCUGA